AUGUCUCUCAAUCCCAAAGAUCUCUUAGCCACUCUUCUUCGCACCAUUGAAGAUGAAAUCAUUCCCAUGACACGGGCCGGCGUCGCGUCCGGCUCCAAGGUCUUUGGGGCCGCCAUUCUGUCUCGACAGAACCUCAGGCCGCUCACCGUCGCGACCAACAAUGAGCGCGUGUCGCCGCUUCUCCACGGCGAGAUCAACUGCAUCCAAGAGUUCUUCACCAAGGACUUUCCGGACCCGGCCAGCCGGCCGGACCCGCGGACGGACUGCGUCUUCCUCGCCACGCAUGAGCCCUGCAGCCUGUGCCUGAGCGGCAUCGCAUGGUCGGGCUUUCGCGAAUUUUACUACCUGUUUACGUAUCAAGACAGCAGGGAUGUGUUUGACAUUCCAUACGACCUCGACAUUUUGCAGCAAGUCUUUCGCGUCCCCGGCACGGAAUCGGAGGAGCAGGUGGAGCGGCGCGCUCUCUAUAAUCGAGAAAACAAGUUCUUCUCAGGGCAAUCGUUUCUGAAUCUGGUCGAGAAAUUGGAAACCGACGAAGAAAGGGAGCAUUUCAAUACUGAAAUACAACGUGUCAAGGCGCUGUACAAUGCCCUGAGCGAUACAUAUCAGGAGGGCAAGAAGGGCGGUGCCCAGACGUCCAGCACUUGGAAAUAG